GAAAUAAUAAAAAUGUUGAAAAAGAAAGGUUCAGAUUAAUUAGAUAUAAUAUUUGAAGCUGGAGAAGAUCUUUUGAACAUCUCAAAGAAUCAAGUGAUAAUGAUAAAGAAUAAUUCAAUAAAGCUUCCAAUUAUUAGACCAAGAACAUUUUUAUCAUAUAGUCUUGAAUUUUGUGGGAUUACAGGUUUAAAUUACAAGAUGCUUAGAUUUUAAUCAUUAGGUAGAGAUAUAAGAGUACUUUUAAAUAUUAUUAUAUAAGCCUGAAACAAGUAUAAUGACAUCUUGUUUAGUGAAAGUGAUUCAUACAACAGAGUUUUCUUAAAUGGCUUAAAACCCUUUAAAAACUUCUUUUUAAGGUUUAUUCACACAUGGGACUCAUAGUGACAUUAUACUUUAGAUUAAUGAAGAAAGUGUAUUUUGAUUUGUUAAUAAUAGCCAAUUCCAUUACAUAAAUGUAUUCUAGCUUGUAGAUCACCAAAGUUUAAUGGAAUGUUUUCUUCAAAUAUGAUUGAGAGUAAUCAAACAUUAGUUAAGGUUGAACACAAGAAACCUGAUUUAUUUAAAGUCAUGUUAUAAUGGAUAUAUUGUGGGUAUUGGAAGGAAGUACUUUAGAGUUAUUAUUAGAACAGUUCCCAUAAGAGAUCGAAGAUACUUGUGAUUUGAUGUUGCUUGCUGAUGAAUAUCUUAUUACAGACUUAAAAUAAAAAUGUGAAGAAGAUAUUAUUUCAAAGUUAGAUAGUAGCAAUAUAUUAUAAAUAUUGUUAUUUGUAGAGAAACAUUCGAAUAUAAUAUCUCAAUUAUUAUUAGAGAAAACUAAUUCUAUGUUUAUAGAUGAUUUUGAUAAGAUCCAUAAAUUAAAUCCAAAUUUAGAAUAAGAAAUAACAAGAGUUCCUGGUUUAAUGACAAAGUUAUUUUAAAAUUUGCAUCAAAAAAAAAUUAGAAAAGGAAGAAAAGUUCAUUUUGUAGUUGAUGAUUUUGAAGAAUCAGAUUCUGAUGACUAUGUAAGAAAUUAUACAUAACAUUUCUACUAAUGAUUAUAGAAUGAUGUAAAAUUAAUUAUUUA